AUGACGACUCACGAUGUUCACCGCGUAAUGGAGGAUGACUUGUUUGGAAGUUAUCAACGACAUGAACCUUUGCGUUCACCGACGAGCUUGACCGGAACCUCAUCUGCAUUUAGAUCCAUGACGGCUUCAGACUUUAUUACUUUAUUACCUCCGACUCGUCAACCACAGCAGCAACAAAGACCACAGCUUCGUCCCUCCGUUCGCCGUCCGACUUCCGAAGUUUUGCCAACGACCCAAUUAUUCAAUAGCAGUCCUGAAGCGGAAGCCAUUGAUCGAUGGUUCGAGAAUAUCCAGCGAUACGAGCAAAUGUUGGAAGAGGUAGCAGCGGCUAGUUUGGACCAGAGUUUCAAAGAUGAGCUUCAGCAUAUAAACCAGUGGUUCCGCUGUCGCUCCGAUGCCGAACGAACAGCGGCUCUUUAUACCGUCGUUCAAAAUGCUUCACAGAUACAAAUCCGGUUCUUGAUUACUGUUCUUCAACAGCUGGAAAAUCAAGACCCGCUAUACGCAUUACUUUCACCUGCUGGACAGGACAAAGACAUACAUCACACAUCAACAUCUUUUGGAGUGCGCCCGACCAUGUCAGGAUCGGUGGUUUCGACCGAAUCAGCUUAUGAGAUGCGAAAACGGCAGCUGUACCCGCCUACUCGUCGCGCAGUUCGAGGCCCCUUAUGUAACCGUCUCACUUCAGCCCUCAGUGAACCGGAUGAUCUUCGAAGACGAAAUCGCGAUCUGUUUAGCUCACGACCUUUUGGUCUGAGCCAUCAGCAAGGGAUGCUGUAUGAAAAAGCGUUGGCUGCACGAGCCCAGAUCCAGGCCGCCAACUCGACAGCCAGUGUUACGUCGAAUUCCUCCACCACGUCGUCUUCCAUGGGGUUCUCGCCUUGUGUAAAAUCGUCAUGUUCCACAACCGCUGUGCCGACGAAUCGGUCACCCCUAUUUGGCACGGACUGGCCAUUCCCGCUUGUGUCGUCCAACAACCGAAACAGCAACGGAAGUAUGGUGAGCGAGAAACCGAGCAUAGGUCGGAUCGGUGAGCGACCCACCUCUGUAGCCAAUGACGAUAACAGCUGGGUUUUUGGGUCCCUUUCUAAAAAGAAGAAGGAGAUGGAUCUUCCAUGGUGUGCAAAGGAUACGAUCAAGGAAGACCAAGCCGCUGAACAAGAAUUUAACCAACCGCGUCCCUUGAUGAACAGUAUUACUGCUUUGGAGCAAGCCCAAGCCCGUUUACGAGAGGAACAAAAACAAUCGCUGUCAAAACUUAAAAAGGUUUCACCGGCCCAUCGGGACCCCGUUCCAGGAACUUCGGUUGGGGUGCAGCCCCCGAAAAUCGUAUUACCAGCAACAAAAAAAGAAGAGAAACCACCCUCUAACCACUACUUGAGUCCUUCCUCUCAAGAGGAUGAGGCCGGCGACUAUCUGAGCGAUCAAAGUGACAUGUCCAAUUUGGAGCCCACCUUGACAGGCACGGCUCGGCGGAGAAAGCGGUCAUCGGCAGCACGCGCUCUAAAAGAUAAAAUUGCAGCUGAGACUGUAGAUUUCGAACUCAUGAAAGGUGCGCGACGAAAACUGUUGAAAGUAUUCGAGAACGUGCAACGUCAUUGUAAAGAAAAUGCCAUUGACUUUUAG